GGGUUCAAUCUAUUCACCCCCACCCCCCCCUUUUCUUUUAGAGGUUGUUGCCGACGAAGACUUUUAUGAAAAGAUAAAACGUGGAUAUAAGCGUCUCUCAGGAUCAGUUGUGAGGACCUGGAGCGUGCUCGGUGAGGUCGGGAAGACGCCAACAUGUCGGUCUCCACUCAGCUGGGUUUACUGCUUUGGAAGAACUUCACUUACCGACGGAGACAGACUAUCCAGCUGCUGAUUGAGAUCGUCUGGCCCCUGUUCAUCUUCCUUAUCCUGAUUUCAGUCCGGAUACAUUACCCACCCUACGAGCAACAUGAAUGCCAUUUCCCCAACAAGGCGAUGCCCUCGGCGGGGGCCCUGCCCUGGGUGCAAGGCAUCAUCUGCAACGCCAACAACCCCUGCUUCCGUAAUCCCACCCCAGGAGAGACUCCGGGGGUGGUGGGAAAUUUCAACGAUUCCAUAAUCUCCCGUCUGUUCAUUGAUGCCAAGAAGAUCCUGCUCUACACUCAGAAUGACAAAAGCUUUGACGGCUACAAGGGACUGCUGAGGGCCCUCAAGAAGCUGCAGAAAAACACUGCUGGUUUCAAGCUGAAGGACUUUUUGCAAGACAAUGAGACCCUUUCCCACUUCCUGCACCACAACGCCUCUCUUCCUCGUCACGCGCUGAAGCAGAUAGUGGAGGCUGACGUCAAUCUGGAGAAGGUGCUGACUAAAGGUUUCGGCUUCCAUCUCCGCGACCUGUGCAACAAAACGCCCCUGGAGGAGUUCGUCCACAUCGCCGACCGCAACGUGUCUCGCCUGACUCAAGAAAUCAUUUGCAAGUCCUCCACUGAUUGGCUCAACCAGGCCCAGAGCCACUUCCUGUCCAAUUUGGACUUCUUCAAACCCAUUCGGAAGGAUGUGAGGUCGGACCCCAAAGUCGUUCAGGAAGUCUCAGCUGCAACCGACAGUCUUCUGGAGAGCCUGGGAGCACUGGCCGUGGAGCUUGCCAGCAUGAAAAGUUGGAAGGACAUGCGCAGGGAGAUCAUGUAUCUAACUGAAAAUGCCACAGGCUCCCCAAACCAGAUGUACCAGGCCGUGUCCCGUAUCGUCUGCGGACACCCCGAGGGGGGCGGCCUCAAAAUCAAGUCUCUCAACUGGUACGAGGACAACAACUACAAGGCCCUGUUUGGAAACCACGGCAACGAGAGCGACAGUGAUCCCCUCGCCGCUUACGACAACUCUUCCACUCCCUAUUGCAACAGCAUGAUGAGAAGCCUCGAGUCCAGCCCCAUUUCCAGGAUGAUCUGGAGAGCUCUGAAGCCUCUGCUCAUGGGGAAGAUCCUGUACACCCCAGAUACUCCGGCCACACAGAGAAUCAUCCAUGAGGUUAAUAAGACCUUCCAGGAGUUUGGCGUGCUGAGGGAUCUCGGAGGCAUGUGGGAGGAGAUGAAGCCCAAAGUGUGGAACUUCUUGGAGAACGGCGAGGAAAUGGACAUGGUCAGGACGCUGCUCCAGAAUAACGCCAGCGCCUGGUUCUUCAAUGCCCAGCUCGCUGGGACUGAGUGGCGAGUGUCAGACGUGUCGGCCUUCCUCAUGAAACUCUCAGAGGACCAAAGACCUGCGGGAUCCGCCUACACCUGGAGAGACGUCUUCAACGAGACCGACCAAUCCAUCCAGACCAUCUCACGCUUCAUGGAGUGUGUGAACCUGGACAAGCUGGAGCCAGUAGCUAAUGAGGAGCGACUGGUCAACAAGUCCAUGGGCCUACUGAACAACCAAAAGUUCUGGGCUGGAAUCGUGUUUCCUGACAUCAGCAACAGCAGCAGCACCCACCUGCCCCCCAAUGUCAACUAUAAGAUCCGCAUGGACAUUGAUAACGUGGAGAGGACCAACAAGAUUAAAGACGGCUAUUGGGACCCCGGUCCCAGGGCAGACCCCUUCGAGGACCUUCGCUAUAUCUGGGGCGGAUUUUCUUACCUGCAGGACGUCAUCGAACACGGCAUCAUCAGAGCCAUCACCGGCACCAAGGAGAAGACUGGCAUCUACAUUCAGCAGAUGCCCUACCCCUGCUUUGUGGAUGACAUGUUCCUGCGGGUGAUGAGUCGUUCCAUGCCUCUCUUCAUGACCCUGGCGUGGAUGUACUCGGUCGCCAUUAUCAUCAAGGGCGUGGUGUACGAGAAGGAGGCCCGGCUCAAGGAGACCAUGAGGAUCAUGGGUCUGAACAACGGCACCCUGUGGCUCAGCUGGUUCAUCAGCAGCUUGAUCCCGCUCCUCAUCAGCGCCGGCUUGUUGGUGGUAUUAUUGAAGAUGGGAAACCUGCUGCCGUACAGUGACCCUGGCGUGGUGUUUCUUUUCCUGGGGUCCUUCGGCAUUGUAACCAUCAUGCAGUGCUUCCUCAUCAGCACUCUGUUUUCUCGUGCCAACCUGGCAGCUGCCUGCGGGGGCAUCAUAUACUUCACGCUCUACCUGCCCUACGUGCUGUGUGUCGCCUGGCAAGACUACAUAGGCUUUGGAGCGAAGCUCAUCGUGAGUCUGCUGUCUCCUGUGGCCUUUGGUUUUGGCUGUGAGUAUUUUGCCCUGUUUGAGGAGCAAGGGGUGGGCAUCCAAUGGUCAAACCUGCUGGCCAGCCCUUUGGAGGAGGACAGCUACAACCUGACCACCUCCAUCUCCCUCAUGCUGUUUGACGCUGUGCUGUACGGAGUAAUGACCUGGUACAUCGAAUCGGUUUUCCCUGGUCAGUAUGGGAUCCCCAGGCCUUGGUACUUCCCGUUCACUAAGUCGUACUGGUGCGGAGAGAAAGAGAAAACAAACAUCUCCACCCCUCUGUCAAAGAAAGGCAAUGCAGAAGCUGUGUGCAUUGAGGAGGAGCCGAGCCACAUCGAGCCAGGGGUUUACAUCGAGAAUCUGGUGAAGGUCUACAGCCAUGGAAAAAAACUGGCUGUAGACGGACUGUCCCUGAGAUUCUAUGAGGGACAAAUAACGUCUUUCCUCGGCCACAAUGGAGCUGGCAAGACCACCACCAUGUCAAUCCUGACGGGGUUGUUCCCACCCACAUCUGGCACAGCCUACAUCCACGGCAAGGACAUCCGCAGUGAACUCAGCACCAUCCGGCAGAAUCUGGGCGUCUGCCCCCAGCACAACGUGCUUUUCAGCAUGCUGACGGUGGAGGAACACAUCUGGUUCUACGCCCGACUGAAGGGGCUGCCAGAGGAGAAGGUGAAGGCUGAGAUGGAACAAAUUGUAAACGAUGUCGGACUGCCUCACAAACGGAAUUCCUGCACCAACACGCUCUCCGGAGGGAUGCAGAGGAAACUUUCCGUGGCCCUGGCUUUUGUUGGGGGCUCAAAAGUUGUGAUCCUGGAUGAACCCACCGCGGGGGUCGAUCCCUACGCACGCAGGGGCAUCUGGGACCUGCUGCUGAAAUACAGACAAGGCCGCACAAUCAUCCUUUCCACUCAUCACAUGGACGAGGCCGACAUCCUGGGUGACCGCAUCGCCAUCAUUUCUCACGGCAAGCUGUGCUGCGUGGGCUCCUCGCUCUUCCUGAAGACCCAACUGGGCACCGGCUACUACCUGACAUUGGUCAAGAGAGACUAUGACUUGACACUUCAGUCCUGCAGGAAUUCUGCCAGCACCGUGUCCUACAUCAAGAAGGCCGAGAAGGAUGACACCGUAUCAGAGAGCAGUUCAGAUGCUGGUCUGGGCAGCGAACCAGAGAGUGAAACCACCACUAUCGGUAAGAACAGACACCCCGUCGGAUACUUUAAAGGCGGACAAUUGUGUUCCUGCAAAAUUCACUUUGAAUGGCAUGUAAGAUGUUUGCGUUUCAUCAUUUCCUGUCACGCCUUUUUCACUACAGAUGUGUCCCUCAUCUCCAACCUGAUAUUCAAGCACGUCCACGAGGCACGUCUGGUGGAGGACGUUGGCCAUGAAAUCACCUAUGUCUUGCCCUACCGGUCGGCUAAAGACGGAGCCUUUGUGGAGCUCUUCCACGAGCUGGAUGACCGACUCACCGACCUGGGGAUAUCCAGCUAUGGGAUAUCUGAUACUACCCUGGAGGAGAUUUUCUUGAAAGUGGCCGAGGACAGCGGCGUAGACGCUGUUGAGCUCUCAGAUGGAGUCGUGCCCACCAGGACUCGUCGCCAUCACGCAUUUGGGGACCACCAGAGCUGCCUGAAGCCGUUUACUGAGGACGAAUUUGAUUUCAACGACUCUGAAGAAUCCCGAGAGACCGACUGGCUCAGUGGGUCCGAUGGCAAAGGCUCGUACCAGGUCAAAGGCUGGAGUCUGAAGAGACAGCAGUUUGUUGCACUACUCUGGAAACGAUUCCUCUACGCUCGGCGCUCCAGGAAAGGCUUCUUUGCUCAGAUUGUUCUCCCGGCGGUGUUUGUGUGUAUCGCGCUGGUGUUCAGCCUGAUUGUCCCUCCGUUUGGAAAGUACCCAAGUCUGACUCUGGAUCACAGCAUGUAUGGAGAGCAGUUCACCUUCAUCAGCAAUGACAUACCUGAGGACCCUCACAUCAGCAAACUACAUAAAGCUCUGACAGAAAGCCCAGGAUUCGGAACACGCUGCAUGGAAGGACAACCCAUACCGGACACUCCGUGCACAGCGGCGGAGGACGAGUGGUCGCUCAUGGACGUCCCUCAAAGUGUGACGGACAUGUUCAACAAUGGCAACUGGUCCAUGGAGAAUCCCUCUCCCCUGUGCGAGUGCAGCUGUGGAGGACGCAAGAAGAUGCUUCCCGAGUGUCCUGCUGGCGCCGGCGGACUCCCACCACCUCAGAUGAAAAUCAGCGACACGGACACCCUUCAGAAUUUGACUGGCCGAAACAUCUCUGACUAUCUGGUUAAAACCUACGCUCAGAUCAUUGGCAAAAGCCUGAAGAACAAGAUUUGGGUCAACGAGUUCAGGUACGGCGGAUUCUCGUUGGGCGCCAGGAGUUCUCAGCUCACGUCCCACACGGACCAAAUCGAUGAUGCCAUCGCUCAGCUGAGGAGGCGUUUCCGUCUGGAGAGAGGAACCGCAGCGGAUCGUUUCUUUCACAGUCUCUCCACUUUUAUACAAGGGUUGGACACCAAGAAUAAUGUUAAGAUCUGGUUCAACAACAAGGGCUGGCACAGCAUCGGCUCUUUCCUCAACGUGAUGAACAACGGCAUCCUGCGGGCCAAUCUGAAGCACGACCAGGACCCCGCCAAGUUUGGCAUCUCUGCCUCCAACCACCCGCUGAACCUCACCAAGGAGCAGCUGUCGCAGGUCGCACUGAUGACGACGUCGGUCGAUGUGCUGGUUUCCAUCUGCGUGAUCUUCGCCAUGUCAUUCGUCCCUGCCAGUUUUGUGGUCUUCCUCAUCCAAGAGAGAGUGAACAAGGCCAAGCACAUGCAGUUCAUCAGCGGCGUGCAGCCGUUACUCUAUUGGCUGGCCAACUUUGUCUGGGAUAUGUGUAACUACGUCGUCCCAGCCACACUGGUCAUCAUUAUCUUCAUGUGUUUCCAACAAGACGCCUACGUCUCCUCCACCAACCUGCCAGUGCUGGCGCUGCUGCUGCUGUUCUACGGGUGGUCGAUCACCCCUCUGAUGUACCCGGCCUCGUUCUUCUUCAAAAUCCCCAGCACGGCCUACGUGGUUCUGACCAGCGUUAACAUACUGAUCGGGAUCAACGGCAGCGUCUCCACCUUCGUGCUGGAGCUCUUUGGAAGCAAUGAAAUCGGCGGCAUCAACGACAUCCUGAAGAACGUGUUCCUCAUCUUCCCUCACUUCUGCCUGGGCAGGGGACUGAUUGACAUGGUGAAGAAUCAGGCAAUGGCAGACGCUUUGGAGAGAUUUGGUGAAAACCGCUUCCGCUCCCCUCUGGCCUGGGACAUGGUGGGAAAGAACCUGUUUGCAAUGGCCAUAGAGGGCGUCAUCUUCUUCUGCAUCACCGUCCUCAUUCAGUACCACUUCUUCUUCAAGGCCAGGUCAUCCACCAGUCACCUGAAACCCAUCGGAGAAGAAGAUGAGGACGUGGCCAGGGAGCGACAGAGAAUCCUGAGCGGAGGAGGGCAGACUGACAUCCUGGAGCUCCGACAGCUCACCAAGAUUUACAAGAGGAAACAGAAGCCGGCGGUGGACCGACUGUGUGUUGGCAUCCCCCCUGGAGAGUGCUUCGGUCUGCUGGGGGUCAACGGGGCGGGAAAAACCAGCACCUUCAAAAUGCUGACCGGAGACUCUAUGGUCACCGGCGGAGAGGCUUUCCUUGCUGGCAAGAGCGUAACAAAGGAGAUCAAUGAGGUGCAUCAGAACAUGGGCUACUGUCCUCAGUUUGACGCCAUCAACGACCUGCUGACCGGCAGAGAGCACCUGGAGUUUUACGCCAUCCUCAGAGGAGUGCCUGAGAAGGAAGUGUGCGAGGUGGCAGAGUGGGGCAUCCGCAAGCUGGGUUUGGUGAAGUACGUGGACAAGUCAGCGGGCAGCUACAGUGGGGGAAACAUGAGGAAGCUGUCCACUGCCAUCGCCCUCAUAGGAGGACCACCUGUAGUCUUCCUGGAUGAGCCGACAACAGGCAUGGACCCUAAAGCCCGCCGGGCUCUGUGGAACGCGAUCCUGAGCAUCAUCAAAGAGGGACGGUCUGUGGUCCUGACCUCUCACAGCAUGGAGGAGUGUGAAGCACUUUGCACCAGAAUGGCCAUCAUGGUCAACGGCAGGUUCCGCUGUCUGGGAAGCGUGCAGCAUCUCAAAAACAGGUUCGGCGAUGGCUACACCAUCAUCCUGCGGGUGGCCGGCCCCGACCCGGACCUUCGGCCCGUGAUGGAGUUCAUCGAGAUGGAGCUGCCCGGCAGCACGCUGAAGGAGAAGCACCGCAACAUGCUGCAAUACCAGCUGCCCUCCUCCCUCACCUCCCUCGCCCGCAUCUUCUCCCUGCUCUCGAAGAACAAGGAGGCGCUCAGCAUAGAGGACUACUCCGUCUCACAGACAACUUUAGACCAAGUGUUUGUGAAUUUCGCCAAGGACCAAAGCGACGAGGACCAUCUGAGAGAGGCCCAUCUGAAUAAACGGGACGCUGUGGUCGUGGACAUUCCCAAGCUCGACACUUUCCUCACAGACCAUAAGACCAGGGAGAGCUGCGUCUGAUUCCACAGCAAAGCAUCGUGGGAAUCGCUUCGCUCGGCCUCACCCGCCCUCCCCGCCCUCCCCGCAACCCAGAAAACAGGGACCACUAACUUGCGGAGGGGGACAAACAAUGUUCUUUUUUUUCCUAUUUUUUAGUGUUUUUUAAUUGUCGUUUCUCAGUGGACCUGCACUUCAGCGCACAGCCUCUUGGAAAGGCAGAGGCUGCAGGUAUGUUCACACUGAAGCAAUGAAAACUCAAUGCGAAUCAAUGCAAGAAAUAUACCAGAAUAUAUUUAAGAUGAGAAGAUAUCCCUGUGAGGUUUGGAGACUGGUGCUUCCCCUUCACUAGACGGACAGAAGGGAGGGAAAGGAAAGACAGCAGGAGUUGACACUCUCAAGGGUCUUGGCAUCGGGGACGAUGGAAGCAAAAUGUCUCUUGUUUGCAUUAGUGUGUACUUCACGGAGGCGCCACAGCGGAACAGAAGGAAAUCCAGAUCAUUCACUGCCAACCGCUGGAAGACGGACCGACUGCUUUUUUUUUUUAUUCGGGGUCAAACCUCUCCCGAGCGGGUUUUUUAUCGAGCGAACGCCGGGAAAAAAAAAAAGAAAAAAAGCAUUUACAAUCAAAUUGAUUUCUGUCACAAUCAUACAACAUAAUAAUUUGUAUUAAUUUGUUUUUUCAUGGUCAUUUAAUUGUAAUAACAUGACAAACUGAACCUCUAAGGAGGUUGUUUUUUUUUUUGCGUUCGUUGUGUCAUCGACAUUUUCCAGCACAGUGCCUAUACUGUAUCAAGGUGGAGAGAGAAAUCUUAGCACUCCAUUCAAAACAACAACAUGUGUGUAGGCUGCCCAGGAAUGUAUAAGACUGAUAAGAUACCAUCAAAGCCCCCCCCCCCCCCCCCAAAAAAAAGGGGGCCUUUUGAAAUGAAGAUGAAUGAAACUCGACUGUUUUAAAAGAAAUUCAUAUGUGUCCUUUAUUGUCAAAAAACGAAACAAACAACAACAACAACAACAAAAAAAUCUUGUGGUUGCUUGAUGUCUGUAGGCGACGUGCCUCCUGCGGCCGUCGCCCUGCUCUCUUUGAACCAACUGGACGUACGGACGACUACUGUAAACUGGAAGAUGGGACUUCAAGACAAAGCUGAUGAGCUCUUGGACAACGUGUCACACACACACACACACACACACACCUGUGUGCGCCGAAGCGUGCCGUGACAUCAGCUUGUGAAAGGACUCGAGUUGUGUAUCAAUGCAGUGGGAUUACUGGCACAUGACGUCUAUGUGGAGUCUAAAUCCAAAAUUCUGUUGUAAAAAAGGAAAAAAAGAAAAGGCAAUCUGUAUCAAAAUGUGAUUUUUGACGCCCAUGUGGAUAUUAUGUACAGUAGAGACUUUGUGAAGUCCAGUGCACACAACAACAACAACAACAAACGUUACCAGUGGAGUGAACAAACAAGUAUCUGUGCCAAAUAGAGCUGAAUAUAUAUCUUUGAUCCACCAGCAUGAUGUGCAGGAGGCAACUGUUUUGUAAAGUUGACGUUGUGCUUUCAUUUCCUCUGAAGCAGAAAGCGCGCACACACACACACACACACACACACUGUGUCAAACGUGUGCUCUCUCUCUCUCUCUCAUUCAGGCACCAUCGGGUUCUUUUUCUUAACCGUCACUUUGCCAAAUUGGAAUCUUUCCGUCUGUCCUCUUCAACAAUAAUAAGCUGCCGCUCUUGACGUCGGACUGCACACGUCGGUGGCACCCAAUGACUGAACGGGACCCGAGGUUCUGUUCCGUUCUGCGCCGACUGCACAUAAACGGGGGACCAGGUGAACUCCAGCUGUGCUUGUGAUGCUCUUACAGGGCAGGGAGCCGCAUCCAGGGGUUCUCCGUGUCACGUCCAGUCAUUGGAACGCGCCAAAGCCCUGAGCUAAAUGUCAGCACUUUAUAGACUUCCUAGCCGGUCGUUUCGAAGACGUAUUACUGGGGAUUUGGUCAAUUCUGACACUUUUGAACACAGGUUUAAUUCAGAGAAAAUGAAGCUACACCACUGCAUUAAAACGUCCGUUUUUGAAACUUGAAAUGGAGAGUGCAGGCUUACAGGUGAUUCAGACAAAAGGAGGGAGGAGUGGAGACAGACGUGAGAUAAAGAGAGACGCGCACGACAGAAUUACGAUUUUUCUCUUCUCGUGCUCUAUAAUGUUAUUUGUUUACAUUUUUAAGUAUUAAACAGCUGUUUGAGUCUGUUACGCAUUGUGUAUAGUUACUCUUUACAUUAAUAAAUAAAAUCAUCCGUUUUGGAGAAAUAAAA